AUGACACAUAUGCCCCACCAUCUUUUCUGUGUGGCCCACUUCUGCGAGCUCCAUGGCCCGCUGACUUUGCUAUGUACCCAGAAACAACUGCACGUGUCUGUUUGGCCCGGCUCGCUGCUGGCCCUGUGUGCCGCAUGCGCCCUAUCUCUUCCGAACGGUGCCACCAGCGUUGUUUCCGAGACCCGUGACUGUCUGUGGGUUUCCACCAAGUACCCGACGUCGCAGCAGAUCUACACGUCGCUCAUGAAGCUAGUGAUGAAGUGUUUGUCGGUGGAAAGCGCUGCGGAUCCGCUGAAGCCUGUGUUUUUCGGAGACACCGCCAGCGGCUUCUGUCUCGCCAAGGUUUUCAGUCUUCGGGACGUGCACGCGAGGGGCGGCGAGCGCAAGUACGCUUUGAUGCUUGUGUCGGACAGCGAGCUGGCCGUGGUGCAUGGCUGGGGCGUGGCGGCCCAGUAUUUUGCCGAAAUCAUCACGUUGGUGCAGCGGCAGGUGGAGAAGCGGCGUGAGAGCUCGCUCCUGGGCGGCGUGGACCCGGAGCGGUACUUGCGGCGGUCGAAGAACGUGCCCAAGUCGUUGGUUGAGUUGACGGGCGACCUGCAGAUUUUCGUCAAGUUGCACCGGGUUGCGGCUGAGCUUUUGGCCGACUUGAGGUAG